UUAACAGGAAUAUUCCUUGUUGUCACACCAGAUUACGUAAUCGACAGAAAAACCUUCCCUUACCCCCACGGGCUGGCAGGAGAGAUUUACUGUCGUUUAAUUGGCUCAACCUACAUCCUUUUCAUUUUUGGCAAAGCUUCAACUUCCACGAUCAUGUGCCUGGCUAUAGAUCGUUGGUACUCGAUUGUAAAGCCGAUACGCUACAAAACAGCCUUCAGCAAACGACGUUUGUAUCUUUACAUUACUUUGAUCUGGGCCUCUGCCGCCAUAACUCAGAUCAAUGAACUCUUUAUCACUGCAGUAGAAGAUGGCCUUUGCACAUUCGUCACGCCAUUUUAUGGAGAAAAGGCUGAACGGAUCCUUAUUCUAAUUCACGUGAUCGUCACGUUCUACAUACCAAGUAUCGUUACCUGGGUGACCUUUGGACAAAUCUGGACGCACAUGCGCCAGCCUAACAUUCGUCGUCAUCUGAACAACAACAAAGCCACCAAACGCCUAUUGCGCAUGUGCGCCUUGGCAGCCUUCUUCUUAACAUUAUCUUGGUUUCCAGCGGAAACUUUUUUCAUCCUGUAUAAGUUUGACAUUUUGAAGCUUCCUUUUGAAUUCUACUUAUUUACAAGUAUUUUGGCAAUGUCUAACUCCUGCUUCAAUCCGUGGAUUUAUUGCCUCAGUAACAGGGAAUACAGAAGAGAAUUUGUCCGACUUCUCUGCUGCGUGAAAUUUAACAUGACAAACUCCAGAAUCGGUAGUUUGUGCUUUGGUUUGGUGCCAAACAGGAAAUUAAGAUAUUCAUUUUCAGGUGAUCCUGACCAAAGACGCUCAACUGGCAAUCUGGUUGAUGGUCCAUAUGUUCUUAGAGUACGUCGGGCGCCAGAGGACUCAAGUUUAAGCUUGUCGGCCGAGACUUAUUUGAGCAACACCGCUUGCUCUGAAGCCAGUCAAACAGAAGAGGUGCUAAGUGAUCGAGUGGUCUCAAGGCGGGCUGAAGCGAGCAUAUAACAAUGUUCAUUCGUGUUCUUUCAUGGAGAGAUUCCUCUCGGCAGCUAUUAUUCUGAAAGUAGCACUCAGAUAGCCCCAUAAUGGCAAGAGAAUUAACCACAGAUCGAAGAAAUCAUAGACUGACAAUACCAGAGAAAUUUAAACGUGGCUGCAACAGUUUCCAGCACUUUCCAAGACUUGGAUUUCGAUUAAUGAUUAUAGCCACCCUUUAUCACGUUGCAAUCAUCGCAUUAUCAAAUUUUUAUAAGCAGGAUAAGAGGCAACUUCUUUCAAAAUUCUGUGCAUGGUGUU